AUGCCCGAGUCCAAGGCCGACCAAAUCGCAAAGGCGCAGGCCAACCUCCCGCUGCCCGAGCAGCCGCCGCAGGCAUCGGACUGGCAGUCGGCCGACGCGCGCAACGUCAACGUGGGCGCGGGGGACAGCAAGGCCGAGGCGCCCAUUGGCACGGGGGCCGGGGCGCGGGCCGGCCUGCGGGGGCCGGCGACCCAGGGCGCCGACAUGGACAUGAGCGGCGUGGGGCGGGAUGGCAAGACGGGCUGA